AUGACGACACACUCGUCACCACCACUGGUCGUGGGGGUUACCGGAGCCAGCGGGUCGAUCAUUGCCCGCGAGCUCGUCGACGCCCUGCUGGAGCAGGAAACGCCGGUGGUGGUCGUCGCCUCCAACGCCGCGCGCAUGGUGUGGCAGGAAGAGCUUGACGAAUCCUACAACGCGGCAAUCGCGCGCUGGACCGAGUAUCCGCACUUCAGCGCUUACGGCAUCACCGACCUGUUCGCUCCCAUCGCCAGCGGCACCUUCCCCACAGCCGGCAUGAUCGUCGCUCCCGCCAGCAUGAACUCCAUUGCAUCCCUGGCCCACGGUUUGACGCCGAAUCUCCUGCUCCGAGCCGCCGACGUCACCAUCAAGGAGAACCGUCGCCUUACCUUGAUACCCCGGGAGACUCCCUUGCAUUCCAUCCAUUUGGAAAACUUGCUGACCCUGUCGCGGCUGGGAGCCACUAUCUUGCCGCCGGAACCCCCCUUCUAUCUGAAACCGCUGGACAUCGCUGGCGUGGUGCGUUUCGUCGUCCAGCGCGCGAUGGUCGCCGCCGGUGUCACUGAUCGCCUCCCGGACGACAUGCAGUACCGGGACCACGAGCGAUAA